CCUGACAACAAAAACCAAGCCCUGGCUUCUCUGUGCAAUGACCUCCGACUUAGAGGGGAGGAAGAAACAUUCAUCAUCAAAAUGAAAGCCGAACAUCUGCACAAAGCUCUCCAGCGCUACCUCAACGUGCUGUCCAAACAUGGAGACACCCUGAAGGAGCACAUCGCUCAGCUGCUCGGCAUCGCUGACAACUUAGACAAGGUUUCAAAGGGGACAAAGAUUGCUGGCAUCACAGGUGGAGCUACAGGUGUAGCCGGAGGAGUAGCAGCAGCUGCCGGUGUGCUCCUGGCCCCGUUCACUAUGGGGGCCUCUCUGGCUCUGACGGUCGUCGGCGUCGGGGUGGCUGCAGCCGGCGGCGUCACCGGAGCAUCGGCCGCCAUCGCCAACAAGGCGAACGUCGCUCAGAACAAGAAGAAAAUUGAGAAAACCUUCCAGGAGUUCAAGCUCCUCAUGACGAAGAUCCAGGAGUGCCUGAAGUACAUCAACGAAGGCCUGGACCAGCUGAAAGGUCACGACCUCUCUGCUCUGAGCCAAGCCAGGAAGGAUUGGCCGGGCACCGCGGCUAAGAUGAUAGAGAUGGCCACGACGGGGGGGGCGGGUGCCAGGGCGGUGGAGGCCCACCUUAAGGCCUCCGGGCUGAUGGAGGGCUUCGCUCUGGGCAUCGACCUCCACUUCAACCACGGGAAGGACGGUCUGAGGCAGAAGAAAGGCCUCAAGUCGUCGCUAGCAACCAAAGUCCGUAAGCUGGCCGAGGAGUUCAGUAACGGUUUGGAAGAGCUCAACGAGCUGUUCAGGCAGCAGUGUUCAGAGAAAUAA